AUGGGUCCUCUUCAGUAUUUAUUUCUCUACGGAGUUCUGUACAGCCAAACCUAUGGGUCUCGUCUUCGCCAGGAAGAUUCCGCUCCCCGGAUCGUGGAGCACCCUUCCGACCUCUUCGUAUCCAAAGGGGAGCCGGCCACGCUCAACUGUAAGGCCGAAGGCCGGCCGACACCGUCGGUGGAGUGGUACAAAGACGGAGAGCGCGUUGAGACCAACCGCGACAAUCCCCGCUCCCACCGCAUGCUGCUGCCCACCGGGUCGCUCUUCUUCCUGCGCAUCGUUCACGGGCGACGGAGCAAGCCCGACGACGGCAGCUACGUGUGCGUGGCCCGAAACUAUCUGGGGGAGGCCGUAAGCCGGAACGCAUCUCUGGAAGUCGCA